AUGUUCUCUUGCCUUACUCAGUUUGAGAUAGAAGACGAACAGCUUAAACUAGCUCGGGCUCUAGAGGUCCCUAAAGAAGGUGAAAAUAAGAAGAUUUCACCUACGUUAGAAGGGAUUGAUCCAAUCAGCGAUACUGAGGAAGGUGAGGAUGAAGUUAGGCUAUCUGUGAGGGCAGGGAAGAGACGAAAGAGUGUUUUGUCUGAUCAUGAGAGUGAGCAAAGUGAUGAUAAUGAUAGUGGUUUACCCUUAAUGAGCCAAGGCAAGGAAGGCGCCGAGGAUACAUGA